CAUUCUCCGACACCGUACAAAUAUCUUCAUUCUUCAGUAGUCACUGGUCAGUACAGAUACAGUCGUUGAAGUGUUAGCACGCGUUAUGAGAAGGCCGAACAACGAAAACAGUAAUCAACACGCAAAAAUAAACAUACUGUUAUGUAAUUUGUUAAUAUAUAUUUAUUGUGAGACUGUUGUAACAAAAUGGUGGGUAACGAAAUGAAUGGACAGAGUCUAAAGGACAUUAACAAAAUAAACUCCUUGAAGUUAGAGGAGGUUAAGAGCAAGGAGGUCGUGCAUUACGCUAAGGAUGAUUCGGUUCAAGGUGAGAGAGUGAAGUUCGAGGGUUUGGAUGGAGACAGUAUACUGUCGGUGGACGCGAGGAGUGAAGGCCUGCCGCCGAUACCGGACGGGGGGUGGGGCUGGGUGGUGGUCUUCGCAGCUUUCCUGACCUCGGCCUGCGCUGACGGUCUAGCGUACUCCUUUGGCAUAUUACAUGAAGAAUUCAUAGCUACCUUCAAUGAAUCCCAGUCGAAGACGUCUCUGAUCGGCAGCUUGUUCAUAUCGAUACCCUUGAUAUCUGGACCCGUCAUGAGUGCUUUAGUUGACAGGUAUGGAUGCCGAAUAAUGACCAUGGCUGCUGGCGUCAUAGCCACACUUGGAUUUCUUUUAGCUGCGUUUUGUAAUUCAGUGGAGAUGCUCUGUCUCACUCUGGGUGUUGUGAGCGGUUUGGCGAUGGGAAUCUUUUAUGUUACGUCAGUCGUGGCCGUUGCAUUUUGGUUUGAUAAAAGGAGAACCCUGGCGGUUUCGAUAGCUUCUUGUGGCAUCGGAUUCGGAACUUUGAUAUAUUCUCCGCUGACGGAUUUAUUGAUACAGAUGUUCGAUUGGCGGAACACUCUAGUGUUACUAGCUGGCACGGUGUUAAAUAUGUGCGUAUGUGGUGCCUUGAUGAGAGAUCCUGAAUGGUUGAUUAUAAAGGAAUACAGGGAGGCAAAGGAGGCGAAAGCAAGAUCAAGAAGAUCGUCGAGCGCGGGUUCGAUUUCAUCGAAAUCACUCGGCGGGGAGUCCGCGUACUUGAGUGCUGAUGAACUUAAUGAGUUAUUAAAAUGUGGGAAAAAUCCGGAAUAUAUCUUAGCACUUCUCACAACAUCCUUGGCGGAAGCGGAGCAGCUGGAGGCCACCACUCAAAUGAACGCCGAGCAGUCGUAUAAAAAAGUACAUUCGGAUAUUCAGCUACCGACAUUUAUCCAAAAACGGGAGAAGGUUCCAGCCGAGGUUUUAGAAAAAUUUAUGAGUAACAAACGCCUCUAUAACAUGAUCCUUCAAAACUAUCCCGAUUUAUUGACGCGGAGACGAUCUGAAGAAAAUAUACACGUAGAACCUCACACGGCGCAAAAAUUAACCGAACCCGCAACCAUGAAGGUCGCUGUGAUGGCAAAAAAACCAGCAGAUCCUAGUCAAGAACAGACAAAGAAAACGAUCCCGAAAAGUGAAACGGUUCACCAGCUCGCAAAGACAGGUCGCAAAGACCCGAAGGACGGGAAACCAGCUACCAAAGAUCACACCAUAGACAAACCCAUACGGAAGGAUGCGUCAAAGCCUAUCAUGCCAGAGAUUGGUUGGCUGUCGAGGCACAUCAACACAGACCACCACUACCUCAGAGACGUACCGCUCUACAAGAACACAAUCAUGCAUCGAGGCGCGAUGAUGAAUAUUCCGCGAUACAAGCUCCGAGCUUCCUCCUUACCAGAUAUAUACAGGAACUCCACCUGGUCGAUCUGGUCAGAGUCGGAAGACGAAAGGCGCUGGUACGACCGCGUGCUGAGCGGCUUCAAGUCGACUUUCAACUUCAAGAUGUUCUCGGAGUUCCACUUCUUCAUGUUUAACGUGGCGACGCUGGUUCUGUUCGUAUUCUCCAUCAUCCCCUACUUCUUCCUCAAGUCUUACAUGACAGCCGUGAACGUGGACGGCGGGGCCACUAUGAUCAGUAUCAUAGGCAUCUCCAGUGCUAUUGGAAUCGUGAUCCUGGGCUGGGCUGGCGACCAGCCGUGGCUGAACGUGACGAAGACGUUCGCCGUGUGUCUGUUCGUGUGCGGAGCGACUAUCGCCGCGUAUCCCAUAUUCAUCACAAACUACUGGGUGUCGGCCGUCCUCUCUACUGUGUUUGGGUUGUCGUACGCCAGCACGUACUCGUACACGCCCGCUAUUCUCAUAGAGCUGGUGCCUAUAGAUUACUUCACUCUCGGCUACGGACUGAUUCUCCUCAGUCAAGGCGUUGGACAUCUCUUGGGACCGCCUCUUGGAGGAAUGCUGUAUGAUUUGACUGGAUCGUGGGAGCUCACGUUUUACAUGGGCGGGUUGUGGGUGAUGCUGGCCGGUGGCUGUGUGAUCACCAUACCGUACACCAGGAACAGGCGACUGUUUGGAACCUCGCCGCUCUUAAAGGAAGAAGACGCACAAACAAACCCAAUUAAAGUCUAAGAAUAAAAAAAUAAAUUAUUAAAACAUUUA